AUGCCGCCUAAAGCUAGGAAGCGAGCAGGGGGUCGGAGCAAGGUGAGCGGUGAUUCCGGGGUGGGGAUGAUGGAGCGAAGCGAGGCUGAGCUAGAACAGAAGAGGGACAAGAUCCGCCUUUUCAUGCAAGACUUCAUCCAGCAAGGAAGAGACAGAAUUAAAGAGCUGAAGAAAGAAUUGGAGUCAUUGGCCUCAACGGCUGAUAAGGCUUUUGCAGUGGAGCUCUUGAAAAUGCCCCUGGCCAUCAGAACCAUGAAGAGACGGGACUACCUCCAAAUGGUAGAAGGUGACAAGGAGGCUGUUGCGGCAGCUGCAGUGAAGCUUGAUUGCAGUGUUGAUGAAAUAUCAGAAACAAAACUAGUGAGAAAAAACAGUAAGAAAGUUAAAGUAACAACAAUUGUAGAAUACCAAGACAAAGGAAGCAAAGGGAUGUCAACCACUGCAAAGAGCAGGACUGUUCAGAAGGUUUCAAAAAGCAAAUCUAUGGUAACGUUAACUGCUAAAAAUCCAAAGAAAACUACUGCCUUAACCAGGUCUGUAUCUGCCACACCUAUAGAUAAAGCUUCCAAGAAGAUUCUUGCUAAUUCCUCUACUAGAACUCUUCGUUCGUCAAGAACACCAAUGACUCCUUUGUUACGAUCUGCACGAAGUGGUGACCUAUUCUCAUUUGGUGACAAUUCUGUAUUUGAUAAAGGCAUCCCAUUUGUCAACAUACCACUGGCAGAUGGACAGACUGUGUGUUCUGUUGGUGAGGAUUUGCAUAACCUGGAUGUGGAAUUGCUGAACGGAGACACUGUACAACACAUUCACAACUUGGUGGUUCUGAGCUGUGCUUGCAUCUACUGGAAGCAGUCUUCUGCGUCUAAGAUAAACAUAGUAGAUAAAGGCACUUACAGAGGUCAGAAUAUUGAAGAUUCUGAAUUCACUAAGGCCUCUGCAGCUGCAAUUGCUUUGACAGCAGAAUGGAGAUUGUACAAGUUUGUCUUCUGA